CUCUCUCUCCCUCUCUAUCUCUCUCUCUGUCUCUGUGUUUCUCCGUCACGCAGCUCUCUUUGUCUCCUUUGUGUCUCUUCCUUUCAGCACUACCCACAAGACGGGUUCUGUUGGUUCGUUCGUACGUCUCUUUUUUUGUGUUGGUCGGUCGAGACCCCCUUCGGCCAUUCCUGCUGCCGUCUUGAGUUUGAGCGGCGGGCUUAGUCACGCUGGGCUAGCUCCCUUCGGGCGACGCACAGUGGGCAAAAGCAGCAGGUCACAUGAGGCGAAGGUGGCGGAACUUCCAGGAAAGCGCCGGAAAGCGUCGCCUGCAAGCCGUGGGAACUGGAGUGCCACGCCCGCCAAAAAGCGACUUCAUCCGGCACCUUCGUUGCUUUUUCGCUGCUGUUCCCUUGUGCCACCUGCUCAAUGAACCAAGCUCGACACAGCUCCGGCCACGAUGCUGACGCCAUCCUGACCGCCCGGAGCAACCUGGGCGAAGCUUGGACCACUGCUUUCCCAGAAGGUCUAUAUAUGGGCUCCCCCUUUAGGUGGUAGAAAGGGGGUUUCCGCCCGUGACUCUCCUCCUUCAACCACUUUCCUUACCCUCCCUCCCGUCCAGUCGAGAUAUGGCCUACCGACUUUCUCCAGUUUGUAGGGCCUCUAAACUCAGCUAUGGAAAUAAUCUAUUCUUGAUUCACUCUGCGCGUCACGUUCGAGCGUUUCACGUCCCUUCGGAGUCCCCGGAGAACCUCCCCCAGACGCCAUGGGAUAGCUCCAAGUCCGAGGCCGCUGCUGCUGCCACCGCCGUUGUUCGGCCUUCGCCACCGCAGCGCAUCCUGGACAGGAUGCCCACUGCUUCCCUUCUUCGGAGCAUCAUGCUGCAGACCGUCAUGUCUCGCCCACGUCUCAUGGACAUGGCGUCGACCGUGAUUCACCGAAAUGUCCAGUUUCUGACCGGGAACGCCCUCUUCAGAUUCCUCCUCGACAACAUGUUCUAUGCACAGUUCUGUGCCGGGAGAACAGAGGCCGAGAUCAGAGAGACGGUGGAGGGACUGCGGAGCAUGGGUUAUCGGGGGGUGAUUUUGGCAUAUGCACGAGAAGUAGACCUGUCGAAUUCGCAGUUUCAAUCUGGAACAGCAGAUUCUGACGCACUGCACAAAGAACAUGUUGCGCAGUGGCUUCAAGGAACUCUGCGGACGAUCAAUUACGCACAGCGUGGAGAUUAUGUCGCGGUGAAGUACACCGGCGCUGGCAUCGGUUGUGUGCACGCCCUAGAAACCGGGCAAAACCCAGACAAUUUGAUGGCUGAUGCCUUGGAGCAGAUCUGCGCCUCUGCGCGAAAGCAAGAGGUGAAACUCCUGUUCGACGCAGAGCAUUAUGUCCAGAAGGCGGGCAUCGACUCCUGGACCAUGGACCUUAUGCAGAAGUACAACCGUGACGGCCAGACCGUUGUAUAUAACACCUAUCAGAUGUACUUGAAAGAAUCCACGGCGACAUUGGAAUCGCAUCUUCGGAUGGCCCAAGAGGGGAAAUUCAGCCUCGGGGUUAAACUAGUGCGCGGUGCAUACAUCAACAGCGAUCCUCGUCACUUGAUACACGAUACCAAGGAGGACACGGAUCGAGCCUUCAACAAUGCCGCCGUCAUGCUGGCCACUCAGCACAUCGACAAUCCGUCUGCGCCCAAGAUUGGGCUUGUCCUUGCAAGUCACAACAAGGAGAGCACGGAGAUGAUGCGAGAGUUGCGACAGGAGCAACUCAGGCGAGGUUUACCCUUGGCUGACGUUGUGUACGCGCAACUGAUGGGAAUGGCAGAUGAACUUUCCAUGAGUUUGACACAGAAGGUACCGGACCUUGAAGAAGAGAACAACCACGUGUUCAAGUACGUGGUCUGGGGCACCACCCAGGAAUGUAUGAUGUACCUGCUCCGGCGAGCAGAAGAGAACCGAGAUGCUGUUGAGAGAAGUUCUGUGAGCAAGCAAGCCUUGUGGGAGGAGCUGCGUGGAAGACUCACGCUCCCUUCUCUUCUUGAUCGACGCGGAUCUUGAGGCUGCGAUUUUCUUGAUGUUCGUUAGCGGGCGUCUCUUUUUAUUUUCUCUUCUAUUCCUUUUUUUUUCUUUUUUUUCCUUUUUUUGUUAUUUCCUGAUACCUGUCAUUUGUUGGCGUUAAAGCAAGAUCAAAAAGCCGGAUGGGAGGGUUUCUGUCGGAUUCUGCAAAGCACUUUUAGCGGUUGAAGUCUGAGUUAUUAAUUAGCGAAUGUCUGAGCGCCUUCUUUUCUUUUUUUCUUUCCUCGUUGUGCAACAAACUUUGAGUGCGUCUCAAGUCAUUUAUGUAGGUAUGGAGUAAAUACCAUGGAGAUCCAGGCG